CUUGCGGACUUUGAACAAUUACAGUCAAAAAGCUGUCAUUUUUCAAACUCUCAUCGAUUCUUUUCCCUUUCCACCACCAUGCCUGGAUAUCGUCUGGAAUACGCUUCAUCCAAUCGCGCUAAAUGCAAAGGCCCCAAGCCCUGUGCCGGGAGCGUUAUCUCGAAAGGCACGAUGCGUUUUGGGACGACUGUGGAAUUCCAAGGGAAACAGUCAUUCGCCUGGCGUCACUGGGGAUGUGUGACGAAAAAAGUUCUAUCGAAUGUCAAGGAACAGUUCUCGAAGGCAUCUGAAAUGGAUGGUUACGAGGAUAUGAAGCCUGAAGACCAAGCCAAGGUCGAUAAGGCAUGGGAAGACGGCCAAGUUGCGGAUGAAGACAUCCCGGGGACGGCCAGGAAAGCUGAGGGUGAGGCUGAAGAGGAGGAAGAGGAGGAGAAACCGAAGAAGGCGAGGAGCAAGAAGAAGGCAGAUGAUGGUGAGGAAAAGCCCAAGAAGGCGAGGGCACCUAGGGCCAAGAAGCCGAAGGCAGAUGAGGACGCGGAAGAAGAAGCUGAAGAGAAGCCUAAGAAGAAGCGCGCACUCCCUAAGAAAGCCAAAGAGACCGAGGAAGAGGAUGAAGGUGAGGCGCCCAAGAAGAAACGUGCAACCAAGAAAGCAAAAGAGGAGUCAGAUGGCGAUGAGGGAGAGGAGGAAGCGACUAAGAAGAAACGAGCAACGAAGCCCAAGGCUGCCCCCAAGAAAAGGGUAACGAAGAAAAAGGCGGAUGACGAGGAAUCUGGCGAAGACUUUUCCAAGGACGUCGAUGCUGUCGAAGGCGGUGAUGAGAGUGAGGUCGAACCCGAAGAUACUCCCAAGAAGAAGGCUCCCACUAAGAAGCCCGUCUCGAAGAAGGGCAAGGCCACUGUAAAGGAAGGUGAAUCUGCUGCUGAAGAGGGCAAUGCUAGCGAUGCCGAGGCUGGCAAGAAGAGAAAGAAACCCGCCUCCAAGACCGCCGCCAAACCCGUUGCUAAGAAAGCCAAGGCUGCUCCACGACAGAAGAAGAGUAAGGUUGUCGUUGAGGAUGAGGAAGAAGCCAUGAAUGAAUAAGUUGUUGAUUCGUGAUUGCUGGAUACCCUCGUGCUGGAAUUUCUGGACUGUUUGUUUUUUUCUCUCCCUGCUGUAGUGUUUUAUACGUUUUCCUUCGUGCUUCUUUGUGCAGUUGCUAAUGAUAUAUGAUAACUUUUUUUUUUUUCGCCUGACAGCGCGAACACGUGAUGAUAUCGCGUUCUCAAGUAGUUUGACGUUCGAUAAAAAGACAGGAUCAAAU